AGCAAGUGGAAGAAUCUCCCCGGUUUCCAUGGCAACGAGGGCACCGAGGGGCAGUCUGGGAACUCCAGAUCAAUCAGAAGUGAAGUUUUCAGACUGCCACCUCACAGCCCAGGACAACUGCCCUGGGGUUGCUGCAAGAGUCUGCCUGCCUUCCAAGACUUGCAUGGGAAGGAAGAGGAAUUCCCUGGAGUGAUUUUCUCUCCCUGGAUUAUUGAGAGGGGAAUUUCUUGCAAGUGCUGGACACUUGGAGUGACCAGCAGUGCAGAUAGAGAUUACUCAGGCCUAAGGCUUCACCAAAGACGACAAAGAUGUGGAAGAUCGUGGGCUUCAUGCUCCUUGUAGCAGUACAAGUGAGCGUGGCACAGCGGCAGCCGGGUCGCGGCCGGGGCUCGGUAGCAGGGUGCCCUCAGGACUGCUUCUGUUAUCCCAACAACGUGGCUUACUGCCGCAACAUGGCGUCCAUCCCCGUCGGGCUCAACCCGCGUACACGAGGACUCCUCAUCGCGGACAGCUCCCUUACGACCAUUCCCAAGAAUGCCUUCAUGGGUCUUCCUUACCUCAUUGAGCUGAACAUUACGGACAAUCUCGUGUCAAGUAUUCACCCAGACGCCUUCAAUGGGCUGAAGAAACUCAAACGACUGGACCUGUCAAACAACAAGCUCAAGACCUUCCCUGGAGCUGCACUGGCCAAAAUCAGCAAAGGACUAACAUCUUUGAGCGUUGGUGGCAACUUGGUUGCAGGAAGUCUUAAGGCUGACAGCUUCAAGGAUAUGGACGCUCUUGAGGUACUGUACAUGUUCAAUACCAAUUUUACCACAAUUCCAGAUGGGCUCUUUGCCAGUCUGAAGAAACUUGCAGUACUGGAUCUCUCCAAAAACAACUUUGAGUCUCUUCCAGAGGCAGCAAUCAAGGGGCUUGACAACUUGAAGGAAAUCAUCAUGUUUGGAAACCCGUUUGCCUGCAACAAAGACGCAUCCUGGCUUAGUGGCUGGAUCGAGAAGAACCCGCCUGAGAUCGGUGCUGGUCCCACCUGUAUGGAUCCUCCACGUUUUGCUGGGUAUGCUGCAGCUGCCCUCCCAAGUGAAGCACUUUCAGCAGAGUAUGAGAUGGUGACCAUAGACUGCACGGUUGAAGCAACACCACCUCCAGAAGGGGACGGACGCCCUGCCCCCGUCCAGGCAGCCAGCAUCAAAGGUCUCAUCUGGAAGUGUCCGGGUACCACUGUCCUCAAAGCAGGUCAGUUUGAGGAGUACACUGACCUUGAGGAGCUGGACAUCAGUGGCAAUGGCAUUGUCGACAUUGAACCUGGAGCAUUCAGUUCCCUCAACAAGCUCAGAGUCCUCUACCUGAGCGGUAACUUGAUGACGAGAAUGAAGGCUCCAGUGUUGAACGACCUCAAGAGUCUUGAGAUCUUCGAUGUGUCUGGCAACAAGUUUACUUACCUUCCAGCUGACAUCAAAGAGCGACUGCCAAAGAUAAAGUUCAUCGUAGGCUACAAUAAUCCAUGGUCUUGUGAUUGCAACUUGGCUGCCAACAUGGACUUGAUUGCACACUACUUCCAUGAAAUUCCUGCCAUCUGUGCUGCUCCCCAAGAGUUGGAAGGUCGGGAAGUGCGAGAAGUUCCUGAAGAGGCAAUGAUCUGCACCCCUCCAGUCAUCACUUUCAUUGACGAAUAUGUGACUGUGAAGGAAGGUGGCGAUGCUUUCCUGAACUGUGAGAUAUCUGGACUUCCUGUUCCACCCGCACGGUGGAAAACACCUGAUGGCAAGGUUGUCACCAUUGACGAACCAGUUGGAAACAAGGAGGUUCUUGGCAAUGGAACCCUUUGGAUCAAGAGUGUCACAGGUGAUGACGGUGGUAACUAUGUCUGCAUUGCUGAUAAUGGUGGUGGAAUUGCAAGAGGUAACGCUACACUACGCGUUUGUCCCAAAGUUUGUCGCUGCCUGGAUAUUUUGACAGUCCACUGCUUUGAUGAUGAGGUCUCAAAGAUCCCAUCGGACACACGUCUCUUCCUCAUGCUGGGCACUGACCUGACUGAAGUCAAGAAGGGCCUGUUCAAAGACUUGAAGAACUUGGAAGAGCUUGACCUUGACAAUAAUCAAAUCACUGACAUUGAAACUGGUUCAUUUGAGGACCUCUCCAACCUACGACUGCUGUUCCUGUACAGGAAUGCAAUGGAAAAGCUUCAAUCAGGUUUAUUCAAGGGCAUGACAAAUCUCCUACAGAUCUAUCUGUCCUCAAACAACAUCACCACAGUAGAGGACGGAGCAUUCGAGGGCCUAGAAAACCUGCAGUUGAUCCAGCUUCAUAAGAAUCAGAUUGAACAGAUUGGCGAUGGUGCCUUCAAGGGACUUCCAACUCUCAUCGACUUGGACCUCCACCUUAACAACCUCUCCAUCAUCCCAGGGAAGGCCAUCUCCUCUCUGUCAAACCUAAAGCGGAUACAACUCUUUGAAAACAGGAUCACAAUAGUCAAAGAAGAUGACUUCAAGGAUUUGGAAAACCUCCAGAUGAUAUACCUGCAGAAUAAUUUCAUCCAGGUGAUUGAAAAUGGCGCCUUUGCCAACCUUCCUGCCCUGCAGUGGUUGGAUCUUUCCGGCAAUGGCAUCGUAGUCAUUCCAGCAGGUGUUUUCAAAGGACUUGAUGCGCUGCAACGCCUGGACUUGAGCAACAAUGCCCUCGUGACCUUACCUGCAUCCCUCAGGACAGAGCUACCAUCCCUCAAGUUUGUGAUUGGAGCCGGAAACCCCUGGCACUGCGACUGUAACAUGAUCGCCCUCCGAGGAUGGUUCGGUUACUCCGCUGAUCAACCUGCCCCACCAGGAGCUGGUCCGGUUUCAGGAGAGCCCCCAUACAGGCCGUACUACGAGCCUGACCCUCUUCUCAACCAGGAGUUCGUACAGUAUGCAGGCCAAGCACCCUUUGGUGGUCAAUACGGUGGUGGUCAGUAUGGAGGUGGACAGUACGGUGGUCAGUACGGUGGUGGACAGUACGGUGGUGGACAGUACGGUGGUGGACAGUACGGUGGUGGACAGUACGGUGGUGGUCAGUACGGUGGUGGUCAGUACGGUGGUGGUCAGUAUGGUGGUCAGUACGGAGGUGGCCAGUAUCAGUAUGGUGCAGGUGGAGGCAGUUACGGUCAGCAGUACCAGUAUGGCGCAGGAGGCGGUGGUUAUGACUACAGCCAGCAGUAUGGUGGAUAUGGUGGCCAACAGGGCGGAGGUUACGAUUACAGUCAACAGUACGGCGGCGGUGCAGCCGGUGGGUCCUACCAGUAUGGCCAAGGUGGUGGCUACGCACAGGGCGGCUCCUAUCAGUAUGGCGGCCAGGCUGGCGGCGGCUCGGCUGCAGACGCAGCAUUCCUCGAGCGCAUUCGCCAACUCCGCGGCGAGUCUAGCAGUUCGCCUGUCAACACCUACAGCUACCAGUUCUACCGGAACAGGAGGAGGCGUCAGGCACCUGGCGGCGGAUUCGCGACGUGCGCGUCUCCAUUUGCAUACGCCAACCAGGACAUCAACACCAUUCCUAUCUCCAGCCUGAUCUGUGAGGCCAUCCUAUUCGUCGACAACGGAAUCGCCGUCCUCAUCGGAGAAGUUGCAGAGAUGCCCUGCAACAUCACCACGGAGAUCGGCAUUGGCAAGUUCUGGGUGACGCCCCAAGGGGCCGUGAUCAAGUUCGGCGAGAGCGACGACCGCGUGAAGGUGUCUGACGACGGUACCCUGAGCAUCGACGAGGUGGCAGAGGAGGACGCAGGUCCGUACGUGUGCAUGGGGGGAGAGCUGCCGGAGAUUUACUUCCUGAACUAUGUGAGGGAGGUUACCACGAUUCCACCACCGCCGGCAACCGAGGCACCGAUCGUGGAAGUGGGGGGUGGAGCCCCUGAAUUCCCCGAGGGAGGAUUUGACUUCCCAGAGCCAUCAUUCCCAGAGGAAGAGGAUUUGCCACCGUUCCUGCCAGGCGGGGAAGAGUUUCCGUUCCCCGAUGGCGGAGAGUUCCCCGACUUUCCCGAACUCUUUCCUCCGGAGCCAUUCCGCGACGGAAGAAAGUAAAGGACUGACAUGAAGAACUGUGAGUAAUUUGUUAUUGGGUGUGAGGAAAAGAAUAAGAUGAAGACGAGAAGCCCACUCUCUGUUAUCUACAGAUACUGUACCAGAAUUGUUAAAAUCAUUUUUACACCUCAAGCUGAUACUGUCAAAAUAAGAAGCUAUACACACUGUGCAUAAAAUCCAUAGAUUCACCUCCAUGAGGAUACUUAUACUGCAUAGGGAGAAAUCUGGCUUCUUUAGAAACACUGAGAAAACAAAAUGAGA